UGUGCUCAGGCGUGUGUGCACGUAUCUUCCCCACAAUUAUUCAUUCCCCACUGUUCCCUAGUCUUCAACACCGAACCAUGUCUGCCUUCGUAGGAAAAUAUGCCGAUGAACUUAUCAAGACAGCCAAGUACAUAGCCACCCCCGGCAAGGGCAUUCUCGCCGCCGACGAGAGCACCGGCACCAUCGGGAAACGCCUCGCGAGCAUCAACGUGGAGAACAUCGAGUCCAACCGGCAAGCCCUCCGCGAGCUCCUCUUCACAUCGCCGAACGCCCUCUCCUACCUCUCCGGCGUCAUCCUCUUCGAGGAGACCCUCUACCAGAAGACCACCGGCGGCAAGCCCUUCGUCGACGUCCUCAUCGAGAACUCCGUCAUCCCCGGCAUCAAGGUGGACAAAGGCACCGUGGAGAUCGCCGGCACCAACUCGGAGACCACCACCCAAGGCUUCGAUUCCCUGGGGGCCCGCUGCCAGCAGUACUACAAGGCCGGGGCCCGCUUCGCGAAAUGGAGGGCCGUCCUCAAGAUUGGGCCCACGGAGCCAUCGGAGCUGGCCAUCCAGCAGAAUGCCCAGGGGCUGGCGCGGUACGCCAUUAUAUGCCAAGAGAACGGCCUCGUGCCCAUCGUCGAGCCGGAGGUCCUCACCGACGGCAACCAUGACAUCAAAAAGUGUGCUGCAGUCACGGAGAAGGUUCUCGCUGCUGUCUACAAGGCACUCAACGAUCACCAUGUGCUCCUCGAGGGCACCCUCCUCAAGCCCAACAUGGUGACCCCUGGCUCAGACAGCCCAAAGGUGACACCUGAAGUGAUAGCGGAGUAUACAGUGGCAGCACUGCGACGCACCGUCCCACCGGCCGUCCCUGGGAUUGUGUUCCUGUCGGGUGGGCAGAGCGAGGAGGAGGCGACGCUGAACCUGAACGCCAUAAACAAGCUGGAAGUGGUGAAGCCAUGGACUCUGUCCUUCUCAUUUGGACGGGCCCUUCAGCAGAGCACCAUCAAGAAGUGGGCCGGCAAGAAGGAGAACGUUCCGGCGGCCCAGCAGGCAUUCCUGGCAAGGUGCAAAGCCAAUUCGGCGGCUACGCUUGGGAAGUACGCUGGGGGAAAUGCCGAUGCGGCGGCUUCGGAGAGCUUAUAUGUCAAGGGAUACAAAUACUAGUGUGGAUUCCUAUCAUCUUUUUCUUAAAUGUACCUGCUUCUUUGGGAUCUCUCUCUAAUCUCCCCUCUCUUUAACCAUAUUCUCACAUAUUUUGAGCUGUUCAUCUUUGUUUCCUGCUGUUCAUAUAUAACACUUCUGCUCUGAUAUUAAUGUACUGGUCUUUUGACUUGGCUA